UAUCUGAUACUACGAUAGAUGACCGAAGGUGCAUACUUGAAUCAUUGAAUAAUUACAAAACAGAGGUCGUUUGGAAAUGGCGGAUAGUGAUGAUAAAUCUGCAAUUGUCUACGACAUAACGCGCUUUAACCGAUCUCAAGUAGUUGAAAAACUUGAAGACAUUUUCAAAGACAGAGGUUAUCAAAAAAAGAAGUCUGUUUUUUAUUUGGGAAUCUGUAGAGUCGACGAAACGCUAGAAUUUCGCAAGUUAUUCAGACUAAAACAAGAUCCAUGGCCUUAUCAACCCGGAAACAUGACAGUAUUACAAGGUCGGGAAUUUAUUAGCAAAUUUUACGACGGGCUCUUAGUUGAAAAGCUGAAUAAACAAUAUGGCUGCAAAACCUCUUUGUUCGCUAAACAUCUUGAGAACCUGUUCGAGGACAAUACCAAUAUAGCUGGAUACCCAUUCGUAACUUCAGAAGUGUACAUUCUUUGGCUAUUCGAAAUAGCGAGACGACGAGUAAAAGAUUCGGAAGAAAUGAAAAAGUACAACAAACUCAAGAUUGAUGGAGCAAUUACAAAUCUCAUAGCACUGAUGAAAGCUGAUCAUUGUGGAUUCGACGCCGUUUUUUUGGAAGGAGGAGAAUUUCAUUGCUUCAGUGGCAAACCUGAAAAUAUAAAAACUGUUAUUAAAAAGAUUAAAGAGACUAAAAAGAGCCUCGAACAAGCGUAGCGUAAAAAGAGGACGUAGAAGAACUGAAGCAAGACUUACGCAGCCUGUCCGUUAGCGGUUCAUCGUCGGCAAAGAAGGUGCAACAGAAAGAUCGGAAGAGUUGAGUUCCAGGUAGACUAAUUUGCUCAUUUGUACCUGUAAUUUUUUGCGAAAGAUUUCAUAAAACUGAAAUAUUGAUCUCAGCGUCCGCAUAUGCUGCGUUUUCAAUCAGCGUCAAAAUAUAUUUCUGUAGUGACGCAAAGUAAAAUAAGUUUCAACUGGAGUUAGUAGUUUUGUAACAGCUGACUGAUUAUUGAAGAGUAAUUCAUAUUGUAGCGGUGCAGUUUUUUUUAAGUCUACGUUUUGAACUCGUAACUAUGUAAGGUUUCUAUUAUGAGGUGAGAAGGAAUUUUUCAUGCCGAAACAAAAAUAAAUCUUUCUUCCUUUUGAAAAGAGAUGAGUAUUUUCUCAGAAUGAAGUUAUUUCAAUUCAUCAAGGUCACGUUUAAUUUAGAUCAAGCGUGAAUAUUUGUAAAUAGCCCUAUGCUCAAAUAAUGAGCACAUCCACGGUGACAUGAAAUCUAACUUGUGAUUCUGUACAUCAAUUGAAAAGCUUGUGGCUGUGCUGGGAGGAAGUCACAGUACUAUCGAAAACUUCGUUUUGAAAUAGAAGGGCUCCAUUGCUUCUCUGUCUCGAUCUUGUAAAGGCGACUUAGCACGCAAAGGAUAAGAAGAGCUCCCUUAAGCAGGCCGGAUGGGAGAAUACUGUACUGCCCGCACUAGGAAUCAGAUUGCAGGAUUUGCAGAAUACCGCCCGCUCACGCAUCGAGAAAAAAAUAAUUAUGAGUACGAAAUGGAAAUCAAAAGACGCAACAGUUGUUGAACCUGGUUUUGAUAUCAUUUACGCGCAGAUAAAUUAUUGAGGGACUCAAUGGGGUGAUAGCCUUUACGGCUAACAGUUAUAAUUUUGGCCAAUUUACGGCUAAUGAUAAUAUAAUUCCAUUGCUGUCCACUGUAAUUUUUUUUCCAUACUAUUUCAUGAAGACAUGUAUAUGUAAAUAGCCCUAUGCUAUAAGUCUGAACAACGCUGUGGCGGUUUAGUUUUAUAGUUUGUGGAAUUGCUUACCCUUUUACCACAAGUCCCUCGAGGGAUUUUUUUCCCAAUGAGCAAAAAGUGGUUCAGUGAGCGAUUUUUUGAAAAAUGAAUUAAACUUAAAGUGCAAUCAUAUCUUAUAAGAGGAUCCUAGGCUGCCGUGCAUCUAAAAAAUCUAUAGGUGACCUCAAAAUUCGUGAAGUAAGAGCAAAAAAAAGGCACUCAGAGGCGUAGCCGGGUCAGUCACUGGUAUUCUUAACUCGUUUUUACGUCUCCUUUUAUCAAAGAAUAAUAAAGAAGCAAUCAGCAAG